AUGGCAUCGCCGUCUACUACAACUGUUAAUGCAGAUACUGUCCAGAACCAAGUGUUCAGGGAUCAGCAUGUGGGAUACCAAGUUUUCAAUACGCCUACCGACACCUCGCAGUCGCUUGUGCAAGACUGUCUCCGAUCGCUGGCAUACCCGACCAUGAACGACCGGUCCAAUGCUGUUAAGAUAGCUACCGGAGGAACCUGCAAAUGGCUGCUUGGACAUGGGCGAUGGAAAAGCUGGAUAUCUUCGCAUCGGGACCUGCUCUGGAUUAAAGGAAAGCCGGGCUCGGGGAAAUCGACUUUGCUACACUUCGCCUUGCGGGAGGUGAAGUCUUCUUCAGCGGCUAAACAUGGCUUGAUCAUGUCCUUUUUCUUUCAUGGGCGUGGCGACGGGUUGCAAAAAAGCCCAUUGGGCCUCUUCCGGUCACUUUUGCAUCAACUCCUUUCCGAGAUGCCUGAUGCAUUAGGUAACCUAGUCAACACAUUCCAACAACGACGAGACGGUAUUGGAAAACCGGGAGCUGCUUGGGACUGGGAGCUUGAUGAGCUUCAGAAUGUCUUCAAGUGCUCAAUUGCCGAUGUGCUCAAAGGCCGUCCAGUCUGGAUAUUUGUUGAUGCACUCGACGAGAGCGGGGCUGAGAAUGCAAAGCUUGCGAUUCGUCACUUCAAAGAUAUACUGCAAGGCCCAUCUUCUCGCUCAUCGCUUCAUAUAUGUUUUUCCUGUCGUCAUUAUCCGGUCCAGAACUGGGAGAGCGGCUUUGAAAUCCAUGCUGAGAAGGAAAACAGGGAAGAUAUACUCACCUAUGUUCGCGCCCAAUUCUCCGGUUACAACAAUCCAGUUCUCAAAGGAUUGCCUGAUCGCAUUGCUCUCAGCUCUAAUGGCCUUUUUAUCUGGGCCCGGCUCGUUGUUGAUCAAAUUCUCGACCUUGACCUGGAAGGCAGCCCCGCUACUGCGGCUCGUAUGAUCCAUGCGAUAAUCGAAAGAUUACCCCAGGAUUUAAACGAGAUGUAUAGCGGAAUAGUAAAAGAAAUUUCAAGGACGCCAGAAGCUAUCAAGUUGAUGCAGUUGAUGAGCUGUGCUGAGCGGCCUUUGCAUCUAGACGAGAUACGGUGGGCUAUAGCUCUUAACAUCGAUCCUCUGCCCACGUCACUGGAAGAGGUUAAAAAAAGUCCGGAGUAUAUUGAAAACGACGAGAAACUGGAAAAGAGACUCAGAAUCCUUACUCAUGGACUGGCUGAAACCAUUUCAUCUUCCACUGCACGAACAGUGCAAUUCAUUCAUCAGUCAGUCAAGGACUUCUUCAAUACUGGGCCUGCAAUGCCUAUGACAAUGUGGCCGAGAUGGCGUAUCACAAACAUGGAGUUCGGACAUCAGCAUAUAUACAGCUUAUGCGUGAAAUAUAUGCUUAUGGAGGAAUGGGUACGUCUCCAAGACCCGGAUCUUCACCCACCGGACGAUUUCCCCGACGCACCCAGCGAAAAACUACUUUCUGAUUUCCCUUUGUUCUCCUAUGUUUCCACAUACUGGAUAGUCCAUCUAGAGAAAAGCCUACCAUUACUGGCUGUGGGUUCCGACUGGCCCUCCAGUAAGUUUCUGGAACAUUGGACUAAAGCAUACUACGCCGUAUUUGGGAACUCACGCGAAAGGCCACCUCUUCAAAUCAACCUUGUGCACAUGUUGGCGAGACAUGGAUUGGACAUCCCGCUAAACAAAUUUCUUGCAGGACCUGGUAUCUUCUACAUAAAUUCAGUCGAUGUCUACGGCCGAACGCCGUUGCUGUACGCUGCUGAAAGAGGGCACGUGCAUACAGCUGAGAUCUUGCUUAAAGAAGGGGCCAACGCCAACAUACAAGACCAUUCUGGGGCGACACCGUUACAUUGGGCUGUUCUUAGAGGCCAUACGAGGACCUUUUCACUACUGAUUAGGGGUGGAGCUAACCCUGGACUGCGAGACAAGGGAGGCUGUACUGCGUUGGAAUGGGGUAUAGAGGGAGCCCAGAGCACCAGCUCUAUCUCGUGUGUGAAGACACUCCUCCAAAACACUCCAAAUCUCAGCCAAAAUCUCAACUAUGAGUAUCGGCUCAUUUGGACCGGCAUAAAGUACUCAGCCUACGAGCUAGGAAUGCCUCCCAUUUCUGGUUAUGAGUUCUUCGGAGUUGAUAGCGGGUCGAAGCUCUUCGCUCAUCCUUAUCAAACAAGAAAACACCUGAGCAUUGCUUGGAUGCCUCAAGAGAAGCCAUGCAAAAUAUGGACGUCUCGCAAUCAUUCUUCACCUGUGGUCGAAGCCAUAAACCGAUAUGUAAAGCAAGACGAAUAUCCCAUGAUGCGUGAUGGCAGCAACAGAAUAGGUCAAGUACAUGUAGAUCGGACGCCUCUCUUGCGGGCAGUAGAGUUAGGAAACAUAGCCAUUGCCAAAAUGCUGCUUGCAAAUGGGGCAGACCCAACGUUUGAAUGCAGUAAUGGCUGGUCGCCGAUACGGCUAGCUAAUGCAAGGAGAUACAGCACAGACAAGGUGUUCUUGGAGUUCUUGGGAAGAGAGUAUGGUGAAGAAGAAGACACAAUCCGCAGGCUUAUAGAAGCAACGAAAAAAGCAGUAUUUUCAUUGGUCUACUUCUAG